UCCAGUUCUGUCUGGAUUCUUUCUCGCUACAGCAGUCGACCGACGACCAAAGAUGUGUCUGUUCGUUACAGCUUCGGUCGCCCGGUCCUCUCUGUGCGUCUUCCUGCAGGUCACGAGGGUCGUUUCACUCUGACGCCAAUGUUGACCACAGUGGGCGACCUGCUGCGCGACAUCACCGCCAAAGACCGCGGAGUUCACUAUGCUGUCCUGCUCAACGGAGACGGACAGAGAAUCUCCUCCUGCACUUUCAUGGAAACAGUUUUAAAUAAAGACUUCCAGCUCGUCAUCAACGACGUGACACACAACGUUCGUUCUUUCGGACAAGGUCCGUCUCACGAGCACGUGUCGGGCGUGGACGACGUGAAGUACAUGGUCAGACUCCUUCACGCGGCUCUGACGCUUCCUCAGCGGCAGCACGCCAAACACUCGGAGCUGCUGAUGAAACAGGAGGAGCUGAAAGAGCAGCUGAAGCCUCUGGAGACGGUGAAAGUCCAGAUGGCAAAGGACGCACACUCAAAAGCGUCCAUGUUGGGGUGGGUGGGGCUUGCCUACCUGUCACUGCAGGGAGGGUUCCUGGGUUAUCUCACCUGGUAUGUGUUUGAGUGGGACACCAUGGAGCCUGUCACCUACUUCAUCACCUACACCACCAGCAUGAUCUUCUUCGCCUACUACAUGCUCACACGACAGGUAAAGACCCGUGUUUCUUUAUUUCUUUAUGACACGUUCAUGUGACU